CUGCUUCAGGUUGGAACGCCUCAUCUGGACCCUGAAUUUCCUGCAGUCCAGGGGCCCCAUGCAGAGGGCCGGCGAUUCUCAUGUAAAGCAUUGAGUCUCAGGCUUUAAUUAGUGAUGUUUUGGGGAGCGUGGAGCUAUAAAGACAAACCUCCAGCUUUCAGAUCACACCAGAAGAAGAGGACUGGAUCUCCAGAUGGCUUCUCUCACAGUGAGUGCGCAUCAGAACCGCUCGAUGCCCAGACAGUCUGCCUUCACCAUCGACAGCAUCCUGGGACUCGACAGACCGGAUCAGAGAACCGUCCUGUCAGCACCUUACCGACCGUGGACAGACGUGAAACCAGCAUGCCAGAACCGUCGCGUGGUCGCAGACAGUGAAUCUUCAGUGGAUGUGAGGACGAAUGAAGACAGUAAAUCUUACAGUAAAUCCCCAGCAGACUCGUACAGGAGAACACUGAACUGGUAUCUCGGGCGCAGGCCGCGCACGGCGUUCUCUAGUGUUCAGAUCAAGUUAUUGGAGAGUGUGUUUCAAGUGAACUCACACCCGGGCAUUGAUAUACGUGAAGAACUUGCUAAGAAACUGCAUCUAGAUGAGGACAGAAUUCAGAUUUGGUUCCAGAACAGAAGAGCGAAGCUGAAGCGUCUCAUGGUGAAGAACGUCCUCAGUGAUUUACAAACCAGCAGAGAAGAACGCUGAUUGUCGCAGAUCCACAUUUGUUCUUCUUCUUAUUAUUUAUGUUGCUCUCCUUCGCUCUGUGAUGCUGUAAUUUAUUAUUUAUGUGUUUACCUGUUUUGUAAUUCAUAAUUAUCUCUGACUAUGAUUUAAAAUAAUUCUUAUUGUUAUUUCUCAUUGUGUGUUUGCAAAAAAUCUAAAAUAAUAAAGUCAAUAUAAACACAAUUUUAAUCCAGCUUUUUAAUUCAACCUUAAAGUUAAAUUUCUCUAGUUCCAAGUGGAGUUAAGUUAAUGUUAUCUUCUGCCAACUGUUAAGCAAACACAUAACCCCCACCUCCAAACUAAUUAGUGCUUUGUAACUAGAAAUUAGUAAACCUAUUAAGUACUGAUUGGGUCACAUCGGGGGUUUCUCCUGGCAU